CUCCUCAUUCCCUUCGUGCGUAAUUAUCCUUCAGAGCUUUUGGAAACUUAUGAUGGCCGUGAAGAAAUCUGACUUUAUUCCUGACACCUGUUGCUGAGGACUGGGGCCGUCUGUCCCCUCUGAGCCUUCAUUUACGCCUUUUCCAGGACAGGUCGGAACUUUUUGCGGACUGACAGGUUCACGGAGGCUACUCUGCUCUUCUGUACAUUCCCAUAACUUGUGCGUUUGGACUUCAGAGCGUUUCAGAAGAAGACUUUCUCGCCUUUUGAUCCUGUAAACCAAAGCUGGGCAGGUUUUCCUCAGACCCAGUCCACCGGUGUGUCUGUAGUUUCCAUACCGGACAGCACAACACCACUUUUGGGACUUGAGCGCUUCUGAUGGUUGCAGAAGAAACUUUUUUCUUGCGGAGCUGAACAACAACUGGAGUCCAACAGAGCAGAGCAGGCUGGGUGCUGACUAUAGCAGACUUUAGGACAGAGGUGCUUUUUACUCUGCUCCUCCCCCUCUUUUCUCCGACUGUGCCAGCCCUAAACCCACAGAGCACUUUCAGGAGCUGUUGUGUGGCAGCGACGCGGCGGACCAUGGACAACAGGCCUGUCCGGAGACGGCGAACCGGUGCCAUCCGACAUCUGCUGCUGGCAGUCACUUUCCUGUUCUGCAGCUCCCAACUGCUGCUGGUGGAUGCCAACUCAUGGUGGUCAAUGGCCCUGACCCCAAUUCAGCGGCCAGAGAUGUACAUCAUAGGAGCUCAGCCUCUGUGCAGUCAGCUGUCCGGUCUCUCACAGGGUCAGAGGAAGCUCUGCCAGCUUUAUCAGGACCACAUGAUCUACAUUGGAGAUGGAGCCAAAACAGGCAUCAAGGAGUGCCAAUACCAGUUCAGGCAGAGGAGGUGGAACUGCAGCACUGUGGAUAACACAUCUGUGUUUGGACGGGUCAUGCAGAUCGGCUCCAGAGAAACAGCCUUCACCUACGCCAUCAGCGCCGCUGGCGUGGUCAACGCCAUCAGUCGGGCGUGCCGUGAAGGCGAGCUGUCUACCUGUGGGUGCAGCCGAGCCGCCCGACCUCGUGACCUUCCCCGUGAUUGGCUGUGGGGCGGCUGCGGAGACAACGUGCAUUAUGGAUACAGGUUUGCCCGGGAGUUCGUGGACGCCAGGGAGAGGGAGAAGAAUUACCCACGUGGUUCACCUGAGCAUGCCCGAACGCUGAUGAACCUGCAGAAUAAUGAAGCAGGGAGACAGGCGGUGUACAACCUCGCUAAUGUGGCCUGUAAAUGUCAUGGAGUCUCGGGUUCCUGCAGUCUGAAGACCUGCUGGCUCCAGCUGGCUGACUUCAGACGUGUUGGGGAGUUCCUGAAGGAGAAAUACGACAGUGCGGCUGCCAUGCGCAUUGGACGCAAGGGUAAAUUGGAGCUGGUAGACAAACGCUUCAACACACCCACCCCAGAGGACCUGGUCUACAUCGACCCCAGUCCUGACUACUGCCUCCGCAAUGAAACCACAGGGUCGCUGGGCACUCAAGGCCGCCUCUGCAACAAAACCUCAGAGGGGAUGGACGGAUGUGAGCUCAUGUGCUGCGGCCGAGGAUACGACCAAUUCAAGACCUACAAGCACGAGCGCUGCCACUGCAAGUUCCACUGGUGCUGCUACGUCAAGUGCAAACGCUGCACGACGCUCGUGGACCAGUUUGUGUGUAAAUAAUAUGCUGACAGACGAUGGAUGGAUGGAAGGAAGGAGGGGGACAAAAGGAGAAGAGGGGGAGGAGAUAAGGAGGAGGUGAUGGUGGAAAGGGUGAAUGAUGGAUGACAGAAGGAGGGUUUUCAGGGUUUUGUUCAGGAUGAGUUUGACAUUUCAGCUCCCUUUUCUGACAAAGCUUCUCUUACUGUUUUCCUUCUCUCUUCCAUUUAUAAAUCUGCCUUUGCACCUCAAGCGCCAAAGCUGCAUAAAACCUUUGUGGCUGAUUUAGUUUAUGUGUGAAAGGCAGAUGUUGGGUGGCAGGAUAUGGGAGAACAACAGAUGUAUGAGAGAACAGAAUUCCUAAAGAAAAAUGAAGUUGGAAACGCAAAUGUUACUUCUUCCACGUUCUUCAGACGUGUCCCCAAUUUCAAUGUUUUAAUGGAGAUUCCUGUUUUCCCAUCACCUCUUGGCCACUGUCUAUUUCCUGGAAAACAUCCUGAUCACAACCCUGAAGAAGGGAUGGAAAGAAAGGACACAGAAGAUGAAUGAUGAAAGGACACUGAGGAUAAAUGGACCUUGAAGCUGAACUGAAUCCUAAAAAAAGUGGACACAUAAAACUAGUGUGAUGAAGCAAAAAGAUGAAAUGAAAGAUGAAAUGAAUAUAUAAUUAAGUAAUAGAUGAACACACAACUCAGAUUGUUAUUUAAAGAGAUGAACUGAGAUGAACUGAUAAACCUGAGAUAUGCUCUGAUCAUGUGUGCCAAAGCCCCAAAUCACUGAAACCUCUGUUAGACGCUGAGUCAAUAAACAAAUGACCUUUAACCCUG